AUGCAACCCUCUCAAUAUUCUAAAGAUGAUUACCUCAAUUAAUAUGGCCACAAACUCUUAACAAAGACUUAAAAUAUUCAUAUGAAAACUUGCGAAGUCAAAAUCCCAACAAGGAGAAAUAGCAUGAUUGAUUCAUAUAAUUUAACUAAUGACACAGAUGGAAUUAAAAAAUAAAAUAUAGAUAAGAAUAGAUCAUGCAGCAAUCUACAAAAUUUUUACUAAGAGUUCAGUAGUUCAGUCAAAUAAUAGUAAAACUCUCCACUCUCUGUGCUUAAUAAGAAAUCUUCAUUAAUUAUGCUUAGAGUUGAAGAUAGAUUAAUGAACUUUAAGUUUGCUAAAGACAAUGAUCAGAAAAUUAAUACAUCUACAAUAGCCAAAAUGAAAUACUUUUGUUAAGAUAACUAAUUCUUUGAUUUCUAUAGUUGUACUGAUCUUUUACUUCUUAAGUAUCUUAUUUAUUUACUUCUUGAAGAAAUCAAUUCAUUUAAUUAAAACCAAACUGAGUAAUAACCUAUGCAUUCUUAAAAAAAGCCUAUUAUAGUUGAUGAGCUAAAAAGCAAUAAACAUAGAAAUUCUAUAGAAAUCUUAGGCAAAUAAAUCAAUAAGAUGCAAAAAUUAAUUGGAGAUAAAUUAUCUUUGCCUAAUUAUGAAAUGUUCUCAACACCUUAAUCCAAAAUUAAGAAAAGUGAACUUAUAUAUCAACCAUCCAGUAACACUUAGAAACUAGAAUCUGAUUAUAAUUAAACCUCACUUAACUCUUAAUAAAUGAUCUAAUUCUAAAUUGAUGAAUUGAAAAUAAAAAAUCAAACUAUCACAAAAUAAACUUCUAGGAUUAAUAGUCUAGAAUUAGAACUUAAAUUACUCAAUAAUUAAAUAUCUGAAACUGAUCUGAAUUUAUAAAUCUCACAAAAAACUCUAACAGUUAAAGAUCAAGAAGUAAUUUAAUAUCCCAUAAGAUUAGCUCAAGGAUAUUAUAAAGAAAAAUGAAAAAUUAAUUGAAACAACUAAUUAAGCAAUUAAAGAAAAAGAUGAAUUCUAAGAAUACUAUAAGGCAGCAAAGAAUGAUUAUGAGUUACUAAGAACCAAGUUUAACGAUUUGUAAAUUAAGUUAAAUGAAAUGUAAAAUUUAUAGAUUUAAUUUAGAUAAAAGAGUAAUCAAAGUAUCUUAAAGGAAAGUUCUAUAUAGAAAAAAUAAUUAACCGACUCUGUUCAAUCAUCCUAAUAGUAAAUGAAAAAGGAAGAAUAGAAAUUAUAAAAAGAGUUGCUAGAUAAAAAUAAACUCAUAGUAAAUAUAAAUUGAAUAAACUAGAGAUAAUUGUCUGAGGAUGGUAAGAUCUUAGGGUAAUACUUAAAAGAUAUCUCUUAUAAAAUAUAAUAGAUCCCUCCUGAUUAAAUUCCUUAAAAUCUGUAAUCACUUUAAAGAGAAUUGUGCUUGAAUGAAUGUAUAGUAAACACUAAAUUAAAUAAUAUGCAUCUUGCUUAGAUUGAUCUAGUGAAAUUUAACAAAUCUAACAACCAAGAGAAAAAACCUAGAAAAUAUAUGAAUUGUCAUAAUUAAUUGAUAGAUUAAAUGAAAUCAUUUUAAGUUCAAUCUGAUCUUGUGGCAAUGAUGUUGGUCUAAAGUGAGAUAAUUGAGAAGUUUAUUAGUUGA